UCUCAAGUUUUAUUGAACAUAAAAGUUAUCGAACAUUUUAUUUAGUUAUUGAUACUUUUUUUAAAAAUGGACGAAGAAAAUUAUUUUAAACCAACUGUGAUAGACACAUCUAAUGUAUCUGAAGUAUAUAUGAAUGUAUUUUCCAAUACAACCGAAAGUUUUAAAACAAUAUCAGAAUGGAAUGAUUCUACCAUUAGAUUUUACGUCAUCGAUAAAGAAAAUAAUAUUUUCCUGGCUAAUGUCGAGAAGCAAACGUUUGAACCACAAGCAAAGAAAUUAAAACUGAAAUUAAAUGACUAUUUAAAAGAAUUGCAAUUAAUAUUCAACAAUAAUAAACAGAAUUAUGUAGCUUCACUAGCGAAAAAUCAAUUUUCAAUGAAAAGAAUUCUAAAUGAAGGAACAAGCGAUGAAAUGUAUGAACCACUUUGUGAUCUAAGUUUAUCAAAGGCUAACAGUAACGAUAUUUUACCGGAUAUUUGGAAUUUAAUGUUUAAAGCUUUUUAUUAUCACAAAGAUGAAAAUGAAUUUCAACGCGAACAAUCUGAACGUUUAAAGGAAGAGCAAAAACAAUCCACACAUAAAUUACAAGAAUUACAAACAGCUUGGGAGAAUGAAAAAAGGGAUUUAAAGCACAAAUUUUUAUUAUUAUUAAAUGAAAAAAAGGAUCGAAUACUUGAACUGAGAGAUUUACUAGAAGAUUCAAUGCAAUCUAAAUUAAAUAGUUCUAUGGAAAGUUCUUCAAAAUUACCAACUAAAAGAAAACGAGGAAAAAGCCAUACGAAAAUAGAAGACAGUUCUGAAAAUGUAAGCCGAAAUAGUAGUCCUGAUAUUAUUCUACAUGUGUCUGACGAGGAUUCGAAUGAAUCGAUCGUAGAUGAAGCUAAUUUAACUACGUUACAAAGCUUAUCAACAUCUACAUUACCGAUUAACGAACCUCAACCUAGUACAAGCAGAUUAACAGCGUAUGAAAUUAGUACCAAGGCUAAUCAAUCAGAAGUUAUUUGCAAUAAAAGUUCAGAUGAAAACAGUGAUAAUUUAUUAGGAGAAUCACAAGAAGCACCAAUCAUUGAAGUUAAACGUAAUCGGCGAGAGGAAAAUACUUGCUCAAAUACGAAAUUAACUUCAAAUGAAAAUCAAGAUAAAACGAUUGGUGCUGACAAUGAAGUUAUGGAAGAAAAUCAGGAUGAUGUUAUUGAAAGUUCAUUUAAUUUGGACGAAUACUUAGCGAAAAUGCGAAAUUAGUUUAUUUUUUUACAUUAUAAGCGUUUUACUCAACGAAUAAACGAGUUAUGCUUUAGACAAUUGUAUAUAUUGAAGUGUUAUUGCUGAUAAACGGAAUAAAAUUAUAAAACGGAAGAGGAAAUUGCAAAAAAUGGCCAAACUUAUAUGUACAGUGUGUCGCAUUUAAGAUGAAGACACCCUCAUAUUUUCGUUAUUUAUAGGAAUAUCGAUUUGAAAUUUUGUAGAGUCAUACAUGGCGAUGGAUCAUAUUUUUUAAGAUACUUAACCGAAAUCUGAACGGGUUGUCAUAAUGUAACAAAUGAUUUGAUAUUUUAUCAACGGGUGUUUUUUUUUCGUUCCACUUUUCAUCGAUUUUUUUGGGCUUCGGAAAUCUCCCAAGUGCCCUAGCGCUGGGCUUGUGGAAUUUUGCUACUCUUGCUACGUGGCUAAUCCUCCACU